AUGGAAUUGCAAGAAGAAAAAGAGGUGCAGAUUGCUGCAAGAUUGAAAAAGAUAUUUGGAGAUCAUCCCAUUCCACAGUAUGAGGUGAAUCCACGGACAACAGAAAUUUUAUAUCACCUUGCAGAGCACAACAGGGUCAGUGGCAGGGAUGUCCACCUCAUAUUAGAGGACUUGGAACAAAAAGCAAGUGAAUAUGAAUCAGAAUCCAAGCAUCUUCUGGACCUUCUUUUAAAGGGUGUAAAUUUUUCCCCUGCCAGUUGCUCUCCCACUAGGUCUAGGUAUCUGAAUGCUUUGCUUAACAGUGCAGUGGCCCUUGAAACAAAGGAUACCUCACUAGCUAGUUUUCUCUCUGUAGUGAAUGAUUUGACCUCUGAUCUUUUUUGUACCAAAUCCAAAAAUAAAGAAAUCAAGCCUGAGCUGGCAAAAGUUGAAAAAAAUAAUUGCAAGUUUAUUAUUAGAAAAAUAUCUACAAAAGGAUCUCAAGAGACAGACCUGCAUCUGUCUGCAGAAAAGACCAAAGUGGGCAAUCAUGUCCAGAACAUGGACUUCCUGAGAGCACAGUCAGAGGAGCUCAGGUUUGGAAUCAGAGCCACAGAGGAGACACUUUUAGCUAGAGGCAUGGAUGCUUCUUUGUCUCAUCAGUCACCAGCAGCACUUCCAGAGAAAUUGGCAGGACUAAAACCACAGACUAUAUCUUUGAAGAAAAUAUUGGAGUAA